GCCGGGAGGUGACCCCCAGGCUGCCAAUGGCCCGCGCGCUCGCUGGAGGAGGCCGGCCGCGCUGUGGUUUCUUCCCCUCCCCGCCCCUCUACUCCGGCGGCUGUUAAAUAGCCGCGCCGCCUCGGGUCGCGCCUACGUCCCCACCGUGUCCGGGUCCGUGGCUCCUCUGCUCCUGUUCCAGCCACACCGAGGGCAGCUGCGCUCAGCGAGCCGGUGCGACAGGUGUCUGGGGAGGGGGUCCCGGAGUGCCGAGCCCGGGAGCAUGAUCGUGGACAAACUGCUGGACGACAGCCGCGGUGGAGCGGGGCUGCUGGACGCGGCCGGCGACUGCGGCCUGAUGACCAGUCCGCUCAACCUGGCCUAUUUCUACGGCUCGUCGCCCCCCUCCGCGGCCCCGGGCGCUUGCGACCCCAGCUGCUUGUCGUCUGGGCCCUCGGCGCCCGGCUCUCCCGGCUCCGAUUCCUCCGACUUUUCUUCCGCCUCGUCCGCAUCUUCCUGCGGGGCCGUGGAGUCCCGGCCGAGAGGCGGCGCCCGCGCCGAGCGGCUGCAAGUUGAGCCCCAUAUGGGGGUUGGACGGCAGCAGAGAGGACCCUUUCAAGGUGUUCGUGUGAAGAACUCGGUAAAGGAACUCUUGCUGCACAUCCGGAGUCAUAAACAGAAGGCUUCUAGUCAAGCUGUGGAUGGUUUUAAGACCCAAAGUUUGAACACAGACCAUUUCACAGAAUUGAAGAACCCAGUAUCAUAUAGUGGAAAAAGGAAAGGACUUGACUCAUCUGAUGGACCACCUUGCAAAAGGUCAGCUUUGUUACAUCCACAAUUUCUGACACCACCUCAAACACCAACACCUGCAGAAAGCAUGGAAGAUGUUCAUCACAAUGAAUCCAAACAAGAUAGCAGUGCUGAUAUGCUUCAGAACAUUAUUAACAUUAAGAAUGAAUGCAACCCCGUUUCCCUGAAUACUGUCCAAGUUAACUGGACAAGCCCUGUAGUGGUUCCCCAGAGCGCCCCUGGAGAGCACUGUCAAGACUUUCAUGGAGGGCAAGUCCACCAUGAAAUAUGGACUAAAAUUUCUCCACCUGAGAAAUACCAACCAUUCCAAGUCAGUAGCUCCUCAUACGUGAUGGAUCAGGCUUCCAUGUACCAGUAUUCGCCACAGAACCAGAAUGUGCAGCAGCCGCAGCAACAACAGCAGCAGCAGCAGCAGCAGCAGCAGCAACAACAACAACAGAGCUACAUCCACAAUCCUACUCUGGAAUAUAGUCCUUAUUCCAGAGCUUCCCAGUCCCCAAACUAUGAACCAAACCUCUUUGAUGGUCAAGAACCGCACUUUUGUCCAGACCAAAGUUUUGCAUCUCUUCUAAGUAGUCAUGGGGAUUCUGAGAAUAUUUCUGUUCCAAUUCAAACUUCCCCCAUUGUUCAACAGCAAAGUGAUGUCCACCUGCAGAACUUCAACAUGAUGCCACACGGUGCCUGUGAGUCAGUGGCAGGACACGAUGCAGGAUCUGCCCCUUUAAGCACUUCACUGCCGUUCCAGAACAUCACUGGAAAUCCAAUGAACACCACUCAACUAGGGAAGUCCUUUUUUCAGUGGCAAGUAGAGCAGGAAGAAAGCAAAUUGGCAAAUAUCUCUCAGGACCAGUUUCUUUCAAAGGAUGCAGAUGGUGACACGUUCCUCCAUAUUGCUGUUGCCCAAGGGAGAAGGGCACUUUCCUACGUCCUUGCAAGGAAGAUGAAUGCACUUCACAUGCUGGAUAUUAAAGAGCACAAUGGGCAGAGUGCCUUUCAAGUGGCAGUGGCUGCCAAUCAGCAUCUCAUUGUCCAGGAUCUGGUGAACCUUGGGGCUCAUGUGAACACCACUGACUGCUGGGGAAGAACUCCUCUGCAUGUGUGUGCUGAGAAGGGCUACUCACAAGUGCUUCAGGCAAUUCAGAAGGGAGCAGUGAGGAGCAAUCAGUUUGUGGAUCUUGAGGCGACUAACUAUGAUGGUCUGACUCCUCUACACUGUGCAGUUGUGGCCCACAAUGCUGUUGUACAUGAACUUCAGCGAAACCAACAGCCCCAUUCUCCUGAAGUUCAGGAGCUUUUAUUGAAGAACAAGAGUCUAGUUGACACCAUUAAGUGUCUGAUUCAAAUGGGAGCAGCAGUGGAAGCGAAGGAUCGUAAAAGUGGUCGCACUGCCCUUCAUUUGGCAUCAGAAGAAGCAAAUUUGGAACUCAUUCGCCUCUUUUUGGAGCUGCCUAAUUGCCUCUCUUUUGUGAAUACAAAGGCUUACAAUGGAAACACUGCCCUCCAUGUUGCUGCCAGCCUGCAGUAUCGGGUGACGCAGUUGGAUGCAGUUCGCCUAUUGAUGAGGAAGGGAGCAGACCCAAGUACCCGGAACUUGGAGAACGAACAGCCAGUGCAUUUGGUUCCUGAUGGCCCUGUGGGAGAACAGAUCCGCCGUAUCCUGAAGGGGAAGUCCAUUCAGCAGAGAGCUCCACCAUAUUAGCUCCACUGACUUGGAAUUUGGUGGGCAACACUCACUGUCAGUUAGGCAGUCCUAAUGUUAUCUGUACAUAGACCAUUUGCUCUGUAUUGGCAAAUGCAAGUUGUUUCUAUGAAACAAACAUAUUUAGUUCACUAUUAUAUAGUGGGUUAUUUUUUAAAAAGGAAGAAAAAUAUCUAAUUCCUCUUGGCAGAUUUUAAUACUUCAUACCCAGGUAUCUGGGAUUUAGAUAUUUGAAUUUAAUCUGAAUGGUAAAACUGAUUUCAAUUAACAGUAGCUUUUGGGUAGAAUUUGUGGCAUAAGGCAUUUUGCCAAUUUUAAAAGCAAAGAAGUUUUAAACAUUUUUAAGAGAAAUGAAAUUGUUUGGAAGGAAAAAACAUUAAUCCGGAUGUAAUAUUGAGGCUUUGGCUUGAUGCAGUAGCUAAUGCAGUCAGUAACUGUUGGAAAAGUCUAGUCAUUGGGCUAGAUGAAAAGGUAGCAUGAUUAAAAUUUGAUCUGUAUAUAAAUUGUUUUUGUCUUCUAAAAUUUUUUAUAUAUUUGGUCAUUAACACAACCAUAUUUGAGAUAUAUAAAUCAAUUGAAAAGAACAAGUGAAUUGCCACUAUUUUAAAAAGUUAGAUAUAUAUUCAAAGGAGGUAUUAUGUAAUUACUCCAUUAAAGACUCUCUAGAGCAGCAGAUGGAUAGUUGUUCCUUUAAUGGCUGAUGAUUCUUUGAAUUGUAAAUAUGCUCUUUCUCAUGUAUUGAGAUAAGACACAUUAUUUGCAGGGAACUGUAUUCUCUUAAAGUACCUCUUUAUGGGCCUCUUUCUAGAAUUUAUACUUGAUCCAUUGAAAGUUUUAUUUUACCAUUAUAGGAACAAGAAAGUCAAUACAAAAACAUGUCUUACUGAUUUUCUAUUGUGAAAUACUGAUGUUUUAUAUCACUGUUUAGGAAAAACAUUUUAUUAUUAUUAUUUUUUUAGUAACCUUUAUUUUAUUACGAUUAAUUUUACCUCUGGCAUACCCUGAGGAUUGUAUUUGACUUUGAUUACACACUAAUUCUUCGUGAUAUGUUUGACUAGUUAGAAGUGUCUUUAAAAAAUGAGAAGUCUGGCAAGCAACUGAUUGACUAAAGGUCUUUGUAGCUAAGUACUUAAUCUUUUUGAUAAAGAUGCUUUUUAGGUUGGUCACUGAAAUUCUUUUGAUAAUGAUGCCUUUUGGGUUGCUCAUUUGACUUAAUAUGUCAUGUGGACAAUACUUAGAUACGAUUAUUUUGUAAAUAAUGGUUAUAUUGUGUAAACUAGCCUUUUCACACUCAUGGAAAAACUCAUAGAUGGUUUUAAAUAAAUGUUAAUUCAAUAA